UAUAAGGAAAGGUUCGUGAACAGAAAGCAGAAGCCUGAACUUGUGAAAGGCAGACAGGUUGAAGGGGACAGAGUGAAAAACAUUAGACAAAGAUGAAGCUGUUACUUGCAAGUAUAACUUUGAGUCUGCUAGUUCUGAGAGGGGAAAGCUGGGGAUUCUCUUCAGAGAAAAAGGUGCAGUAUGCCUCCUGGGAUGAAGUGAAUGUACUAGCUCAUGGGUUACUGCAGCUAGGUCAUGGGCUCAAAGAACAUGUGGACAAGACCAAGGGGCAGCUGAAGGAGAUUACUGGCAAGCUAGUGCAACAUAAUGUGUCUCUGGUGGAGUUGAGCAGGCAAGCCAGGGAGGUGCGAGAGAGUGGGGAGGCUCUGAAGGGCAGGUUGCAGGAGCUGGAGGAUAGGGACAAGCAGCUCUAUGAUGUGUCCCAGGGGCUGAAAGGAAAGGUGCAGGAGAUCAGUAAAGACAGACAGCUGAUGGACCACAGGCUGCAGAAUGUGGAGGCCAAGAUCCAGAUGCUGGAGCCAAGCAAGAGGCAGAAUCGCAGUGAAAAGGAGGACCUUCUGAGUAUCCAGACUUUAAUGGAGAUUCAGAGCAAGAGGAUUGAUGAACUUUUAGAGAAAAUGAAACUGCAGCAAUACAAACUCGAUAAACAAAAUCUGCAGAUUAAAAGCUUGCAAAAUACAAUUCAGAAUAGCAGACUUGAAGCCCAGACAUGGAGGAUGAAUUUCAAAAAAACUGUUGAAGAUGAAGCUCAGAGUAACAGUAGCAUGGAAGAUGAAAAACAUGUGUUCCCUUCUGACUGUCACCAAAUCUUCUUAGAAGGAAAAAAGUCAAGUGGUAUCUUCUCAAUACAGCCAUCUGGGGCACAAUCUUUUGAAGUGUACUGUGAAAUGACAACAGAUGCAGGUUGGACAGUUAUACAGAGACGUACUGAUGGCUCUGUUGAUUUUGAUCAGUUCUGGGAAGCCUACACAGAUGGUUUUGGAAACCUUAAUGGUGAGUUCUGGCUGGGACUAGAAAAGAUGCACCAGAUUACGCAGCAGGGAGAGUAUAUCCUACACAUUGACCUACAGGACUGGGAAAAUAAUGUCCAGCACAUGGAAGCAAAGUUUAAACUGGCUGGUUCUAAUGAAGCUUAUGCUCUUCAGCUUCUUGGCCCAGUGACUGGGGAAGUAGAGAAUGCUCUAGGUGACUUUCAACAAGUAUCAUUCUCUACUCGUGACAGAGAUCACGACAAGAAACCUGAUUUCAACUGCGCCAAACACCUUUCAGGAGGAUGGUGGUUUAGCUCAUGUGGCCAUUCUAACCUUAAUGGGAAGUAUUUCCUCUCAGUACCCCGAGCAAGGCAUGAGAGAAAGCAGGGGAUAUUCUGGAAGACCUGGAAGGGCCGAUACUAUCCCCUAAAAUCUACCUCGAUCAAAAUCCGUCCUGUGGAUGUAGAUCUUACUGGGUGAAUGCUGAUCGCCUGAAAGCAACAAAUCUUGAAACAAAAACUGUCUAAAACUUUUGAACAUCACCAAUAGGGACAGUUGCCCACAGUUAUCAAUUUGCGUUGAAUACUAUGAGCUGGCCAGCUGUAUACUUGUUGAAAGCGUUGAACAGCUAGUUAUCAGUAACAUUAGACUAGUAAACAGUAGACAGAUUAACGUUACUGACGGGCAGCACUUACAUUUUUUAUUGUGCCCAGAGUACAAUCACGUUUUUCUUUUUCAAAUUUUAGCUUUCUGUUUACAGUUUCUUUAACUAUUGUAUGCCAAAAUAUAUUGCUACAAGUGCUCAACAGAGCUUUAUGUUUUUGUGGGAUCAAAAAAUACCCAACUUUGGCCUGAGAGAUACUUUUUAAAAUCACAUAGUGAUUAGACUGAUACAGAAUAUUGCACUAAUUGUAUUGUUUUUUACACAUUGAAGGUGAUACUACAAAUAGAAAAGGGGAGAGUUCCAGAUAAUAUUAAAAAAAAACUGCAAUACAUUGCAGAUAUGUAGGGACAGUGCUCAUUCCAUUCUCUUCAAACUGCAGACAGGUACUAUAGGUCAGGCCACUAUAGGUCAAUAAGUUGCCCAUCAUCUGUUAGUUUGCUAAACACUGAUGUGUUUUUCUUUGCUUGUUAAAGCUGCACAUUUGGGAGAUUUAUGUUAAAGAAAUCUUUGCUAAAUCAGUUUCACUUAGUUCAGUGUGUACAAAAUGAAGUCCUUGCAGGUUUUUGCAAAGAUGCUACACUUAACAUUUUACAGCCUGAAAAAGGUUCAUAUACUCCAGUCACAUUGACUGAUUUACAACGGUGACCAAAAAACGUUGAACAAUGUACAUAUUUUGUGUUUUUUUAAUGCAAUCUGUAAUUAAAUGUGUCUGUAUAUAUAAAUAUUUGUAAUUUAUAAAAAAAAGUAUUCAAAGUUUCA